AUGGCGACGCACGAAACAGAGGGCUCGCCCCUUGACUCCUCCUCCCUUGAGAAGCGGGCAAGCCCCGUUGGUGACGGCAAGCCUCUGGCUGCCGGCGAUGUCGAGGCCGCGCCCGAGCCAAGCGGCUUCCAGUGGUUCGGCGGCCGCAACACGGCCAUCGGCCCGCGUAUUGCCCCCGUCGCAGACUCGGUGCGCUCCGAGACGUCAUCCAUCGAGGGCGGCGUGUCUUCGAGCGAGGAUAUUCUGCACAAGCAGCUUGCCAAGGAGGAUGGUUGCGCCAUUCAGUACCGUACUUGCUCUUGGCCAAAGACUGCUGCUCUGCUGUUUUCCGAAUACAUUUGCUUAGCAAUCAUGAGCUUUCCAUGGGCAUACAGCGUAUUAGGCCUGGUCCCUGGCUUGAUUCUCACAAUAUUCAUCGCCGCGACAGUGCUCUACACAUCACUUGUCCUUUGGCAGUUCUGUCUGCGCCACCCCGAGGUUCGCGACAUCUGUGACAUUGGCCAGAUGUUGUUCUGGGGCCACCGUUGGGCAUGGUGGGCUACUGCCGUCAUGUUCAUCCUUAACAACACCUUCAUCCAAGGUCUCCAUGUCCUCGUCGGCGCCGAAUACCUGAACACAAUGGUCACGUCCGGUGGGCCGCGCUGCAGCACUGUUGUCUUCUCCGUCGUCAUGGCCAUCAUAUCCUGGCUGUCGUCUCUGCCGCGCACGUUUGACCUGCUGUCCAAGUUCGCCGUUGCGUCUGCGCUCUUCACUUUCAUCUCUGUCAUACUCGCAACCAUCUUUGCCGGAAUCCAGGACCAUCCCGCCGGAUAUGACGCCGCCAUGGGUGAACCUCUCGUGCGAGCUGUGCCGGUCCCCGGAACGACCUUUUGUUGCUGGCAUGAAUGCCUUCUUGAGCAUCAGCUACACUUUCAUCGGCCAGAUCACGCUCCCGAGCUUCAUUGCCGAGAUGCGCAACCCCCGGUACGGGACUUCCCGAAAGCCCUAUGGGCGUGCACCAUUGGCGAGAUCAUCGUCUUCAGCAUCGUCGGUGCCGUCAUCUACUCGAAUGUCGGCAACCAGUACAUGACGGCCCCGGCUUUCGGCUCGCUGUCUGACGAGGUUCACAAAAAAGUAGCCUUCUCGUUCAUGAUCCCGACGCUCAUCUUCCUUGGUGUUCUGUACGCCGCUGUUUCGAGCCGCUUCGUCUUUUUCCGCGUGUUCGAGACUAACAAGCGCCAUAUCAACGAGCACACCGUGAUCGGCUGGGCGAGUUGGGCAGGUAUUCUGUUCGCAGCGUGGGUUGCCGCGUUCAUCAUUGCCGAGGUCAUUCCCAUCUUCAGCUCUCUCUUGUCGCUCAUGUCAUCCCUCUUCGAUUCCUUCUUCGGCUUCAUCUUCUGGGGCGUCGCCUUUCUUCCGCAUGCGAUCCGUCGACAAGGCCGCUGGAUAUGGACGCCCUAG